AUGGAGGAGGUCAUCAUCUCUGAGGAACCUCCGCAUGGUCUUCCAGCUGUUGUGGUGGGUGUCCCGGAUCCCCGACUGACCGAGCGCUUUCUUCGCAUCGCCAAUCAGCUCCACCCUCUUGACGACUGGACGCGACACCUCAAACGGAUUCGACGGCGGCCCGCGCCCGUCUUGGACGAUCCCCCGUGCGAGGCCGGGGGAGGGGUGGAGCUCCUCCUUGAGGGCGGGGUGGGGUUUCGUCUGCGCUGUGAAAACGCCCUGCCGGACCUGCUCUGGCGGUCUUAUACCCUACUAGACCCCCUUCUUUUCCCGCUCAUGGAGGAGGUAAAGACAGAUUCUAAAGAGAUGGAGAAAGGUGAGGAGGAUAAGGAUUCCUUUCAGGGUCAGUUGAGGAACAUGUACCGAGACUUUCUUCAUGAGAUUGCGCGUGACAUGGACCAGAUGGGGGGGUUGACCUUGGUGUUUCGCGUCGUUGUGGUUUCGAGCCACGGCCCCUCGCAGCGGCCGGAGCUCUGGCAUCGGUGGAAUUCUGUUUGGCCGCUAGCCUCGCCCCGGCCGCGACCCUGCGAGCUGCCGUCGGAUGCGCUUAUCGAGGGCGCGAAUGCGCGGAUGCGGGAAAAGGUGCUCGCGAUCUGCGAAGGGCUCGUGCGAGGAGGCCCCGCAGGGCAGCGUCCAUCCCUGCUUGGCAUCGCGGCCGCCGUUUACGACCCCUCCUGCGGGCGGUGGGUGGGGGAUAGUGCGGGGUGUACGGCAAUGCGUCGAGAUAACCUCAACGCGUGCGGCCCCUACGUCGAGCGAUCGCGCUGCCCUCCAACUUCGACAGGCGUAAUUCUCGAGCAUCCGGUGAUUCAUGUGCUCAAACGCGUCUCCACCGCGGCGGCAGAGGCUAAAAAUAUAUCUACACCAGAGAUGAUUGAGGGGCGGGAGUUCGUUCCUUACCUCGCAACUAACCUCGAUCUCUAUGUGAGCCACGAGCCUUGCACUAUGUGCUCCAUGGCGCUUGUGCAUAGCCGUAUUGCGCGGGUGUUUUAUUGUUUUCCAAAUAAAGUAGACGGUGGACUUGGCUCUGUUCAUGCAAUCCAUGGAAUUGCUUCUCUUAACCACCACUUUCGAGUGUACCACUGCACGAAGGUGGAGGAAGAGUACAAAGAUAGGAAUCACUUUCUUUAA